GAAACAUUGAGUUAAGAUGGGAAUCCAGGGAUUACAGGAGUAUGUGGAAGCAAACUGCCCCACAGCUUGCCAGCAGGUCGAUCUGAAAGCUGUUCUUUAUGGGAAAAAAGUGAACAACACGGACAAGGCUCCGGUUCUGCUCGUCGACGCAAGGAGCUGUUUAAAACAUCUUUAUGGGCCAACUAUAGAUUGGGUUUGUGGAGGACAGUGGAAUGAAAUGUUGCGAAAUGUAGAAAACUUCACAAGAUCAUUUCGCCAACAGAAUAUCGAAAUUGUAAUUUACUUUGACGGCGAAGGCGAAUCAUCAAAGUUACAUCAAUGGAUCAAAAAUCAAAACGAAAAAAGACAGUUAACAAGGCAAAUCCUUAAUCAUGUCAUGAAAUUUAGUUGUUAUCCUGGAAAAAGACUAUAUUUUCCACCACCCGUUGUGGACACGUGCCUUCGACUUGCAUUCCUCAGCUGUGGUGUCUCAGUGUGUACGUCUAUGGACGAUCUCCACAAAGAGAUGGCGACUUAUUGCCAAGGGGAGGAUUUCGCGGGUGUGAUCGGCCAUCAUGCAGAUUUUCUUCUCUUUGACGUUCCGAAUUAUUUUUCCGCCGAUCACAUAAAAUUUUCCAAGAAAGACAUUACUACGAUGCGAUUCAACCGGGAAGCAGUCCUGAACGAACUGAAACUGCACCACGAUCGUCUAGGAUUGUUCGCUAGUUUGCUAGGUACGCCUUUUAUUCCAGAAGACAACCUUGGUUCAUUCUACUGGAAUCUUUUAGGUCCGGAUCAUCCCUUAGCAAAAGUACAGGUUAGUUUUUUUUUAAUUUUUAAUUUCAUGAAUGAUUUAUUGAAUGUAAUUAAUUGGUAGAGGCUUAGCAAAAUAUUCAAAAUAUAAACUUUUGUAGUUAUUUUUCAAUUUCUCUUAUUCUUGCGGAGGAAGCUCAAGUUGACCCUUUUUCUGACAAAUCAGUCAAUUUCAUAUUUUAUGUGUUAUCUAUUGUAAUUAUUUGGUUUAAAAUGAAAUACUCUUGCAGCCAAGAAUCAUUUCGUUGAACUCUCAAGAGUGUCUAUCACACAGUUUCUUCCACAUUACCCAUUUUAAAUCCAAUGAAAAGGAUAUGAGAAGCAUGAAAACAAUCACUAAAUGGCAAAAUCUUUGACCUUAAAAAAUCAAAUAUCAUGAAAAUAUUAUUUGGAACAGUAGAGGGCAUUUGUUUGGAUAUUUAGUAAUCAUGAUUUAGGGUUAUCAAAUUUUUUGUCACAAUGAAGUCAUUGCCUGGUCAUCAGCAUGUUUAUCAGGCAAUGAGUUAUAACCAUACAAAAUUCUGACUAGGAAUUGCUCAUAACUGCCAGAAUGGGUAAUUAUAAAUCUGAUGUUAAGAGUUCAUGAAACAAAACCAAUAUCAACCAUUUAGCCCCUAAGAGUGACUGAUGUCAAACAAAUUCUCGUUGUUGUUACCAGGAAGUAUACAGAGAACAGUGUGGAGAAUAUGGAUACCAAUGUUAGGGUGUAGAGGGUGAAGGGAACAAUGAUACUCAUCAUUUAUUGAUUACUGUUUAUCAGUGAUCACACAUCAAAUGUUUGAUUAGAUAUUUCUAGAGUAUUAUUUUUGUCUUGAUAACUGACUUUUUUUAAAUACAAAUCUGUCACAAUUUUCAGGUGAAGGAAAAGCAUCAGCCCAUCUUCCCAGCAAAUGACAUCAUUAUCUCAAGUGUUAUUAAUUUUGUAAGGAAUCUAGCAGAUGUGUCAAACCUGCCAUGGAUUGCGCGUCAAGUCUUCCGAUCAGAGAACGUUGACCUGGCAGAAAUCGCUGAAAAACUCAAGAAAGCUGUAGAACAUUAUUCAAGCUCCCAAAGUGUGGAAACUGUGGUGCAGUCUUCUGAUAUUGGCCCAGGUAUUUACAGGAUGCAUUUCACAUGUAAUCCAAGUAUUUUUCUAAGCUCGCAAUGUUCUUCUCUUCAUUUUUGAGGAAAUGUUAGUUUACAUUUGGUCUCAUAAUUGACCACUGGCCAUGUAGUUAAGACACAGGGUUGUGUUAAAAAAAUAUUGUGGAUUCUCAAUUUUUUUUUUUUCAGAUACCUGAUUAAAAAUAAAAUACUUUCAGCUUGUAUUGAGAUGCAUGAUACAAUUCAGAAGGGUCUUGGUUUUAAGUUUUUUUUUUCUUAAGGAGCUCAGACUAGUCUAACCUUAAAAAUCUCAUGAGUGACCAAGACAUCAAUACAAUAUCAAGCACACAAGUGAUGAGAAUAUGAGAAAAUUUCAGUUAAAGGAUAGUUGAUCUAAUACCAAAUUCUCAGCUCUAAAAACAUAAGAAUGGCAUGCCAGACUACAAUGAUUAUUACUAACGAGAUCUUGGGAGUGAAAGGGUUACUUUAUAUUUAACCUUUUUUUUUUUUUUUUUUUCCUUUUUCGUACAGGCCGAAAACAAAAUGAACAUCAGUAUCAAAAGAUGUGGCAACACUGGCAACAGCACCAGUUUGUUCCAAAACCUGUUACUCCACCACAAAAAGACACAGUAGUUGUUGUAAGUUGAGUUCUAGUGCUUCUUUGAUGUAGUUUUAAUGUCGAUCUUCACAUGAGUUGAACUAAGCUGAGAGAAUUAAGUUCAUGGUAGAUUUGAAUCAAUAGAGUUCAUCCUGCUGAAUUUGGAUUGACUUAAACAUUCUGUCCAUCUGUUUCAGAUUAAAUGUGGAACAAAUGUCAAACUUUUCAUGAAUUGAACUUUAUGAACAAAGUACAAAUUGCUUUUUUUGAAAUCCUGCUAUUCGAAAGAUUUGUUGGUUUGGUUUGAGGAGUGUGUUCUGUGUUAGAACAUUACAAGUUAGGGUGGACAAAACUUGCAAUUUAGUCUGUCUCAGGUGAAGUUCAACAUUUGAACUGGGUCUUUUAGGAUAGGUUUAUAAAGUAUAGGCUGGAUUUUAAAGACUAAGAUCUGACAGAAUUUCUGGAGUAAACUUCUUGGAAAGUCAAUCAUUUUACACUGCUUACUUUUGUUUGUUGUUUUUGUAGCUACCACAAAGUAAUGACAGCACAAAGCAAAUUCCAAAUAUCACAGAUCUACAGCAGAGUUUAUCUGCACUUCAAGUUCAAGACUCCCCAGAAGCAUCUGUCAUGCAUUCAUUGCCAUUAUCGCCCCCAGGGGACCCCCAAGACUUGCAAGUUACUAUACCACCUCUUUCACCUCAUCAAGAAGGCUCCUUACUCACCCAUCCCCCAGUAUCGCCAUCAUCAGUGCUCCCCACCCCACCAUCCUCAUCAGAAACAUCACCAAUGGUGUGCAAAACUGGUAAAGGAGCUGCUGAUCAUUCAUCCUCUGCUGAAAACAUGAAAGAAAAAGAAAAAGGUAAGUUUACAGUUGUCUGUGAUGCAACAAAGUGGCUCAUCACAAUUUUUUGACGAAAUAAAUUUUAUUUGUCUCGUUUUUGUUGGGAUGGUGUUAUGAGUGAUUAAGAUUUUACAACUUUGUGUCAUCAGAUGUAGCACUCACCUUCAUUUUAUUAUGGAUGUUGGCUUGUGAUUAUUUCUUGUCAUAUCGUACCCAGGGCUCCAAGUUCCCUUUGCAAAAAAGUCACCUUUUGGCAACUUUUAGCUGGAAAAUGAUCACCAUAGAAAAAAUUUGGUUGCCAAAUAAAAAAAAGUCAUUGGAGGACACUUCAUGCUGCAUUAAUGGCAGUCAUAUGUUUGUUAAUUCAACCAAACAUUGAUGGAUUUUUAAAAAUUUUUUUUUUUUCAAAUCUGUUGGCAACUUUCACCAAAAUUUCAGUGACCAAAUCUAUUUUUCACAUGCCAUGGUAACCAAAACAAUCGCAACUUGGAGCAUUGCUGCAAGUAUCUUGAUCAACCUUGAACUAAACCUAUGGGGAUCAAUUUGUCCUUAUGAUUCAUUUAUAAUCGGUCAUUUACGACUAUCAACUGAAGUUGGGAUGAGUAAUGUUCGAUAUUUAGCAAAAUUUUAAUCACCAAGGUUGGUGAUUGACUCCACUGAUUUCACAGACACUUGGUGAUGGUCUGACCUUGUUAUUUUCAUGUUUUUUCAUAUAAGAGCCCACAGUUACAGGAGCUGUCCCAGGUAUAUCGCAACGUGUACUAGAUGUCACGUUACAGCUUCUUCAAAAUGGGAGAAUGGCAGAAACAGUGUACCAUGUUCUUACAAAAGCAGAAAUCACAGUUGACACAACUAUUGAAGAGGAGCAGUCGCCAGAAAGAAUCCCCUCAGCUCUGCUUUUCCGUAAAGUGCGUCAGAGGGUUUAUGGAAUCCUUUUUGACUUAGCCUCCAAGAAGAAGGAUGGUGGAGUUGAUAUGAGCUCCUUAGCAGUCAAGGAAUGGUGUGUCUAUGGUUACAGGAGGUUAGAUGAUCCUGAUAUCGUGGAGCCACUAGCACUUGACUGGGAUGUGCCACCUGUUGAAAGACUCUGGUUCAGCAAGGGAGCAGCGGCAGACAACAACAGGCUCAAGGCUUUCUUGUCAUGUUUGAUGAGUGACACGCCUAGUAUGACCCAGACUGUAAUUGUACCCAAGAGAUUAGUGAUCCUGUGCUGUGUUUUAAGGUAAUUUCACGUGCCUUUUGAUCGUUUUAAAGUACUUUAAUCCCUUAGAGUGAUAAGCAGCUAAUAUCUUCCGACAUUCCAUCCCCCUGACGUAAACAUUAAGGUCAUGAGAAUAAAGAAAAUGAUCAGGAACUCAAGGUGUUCUUGGUUGUUAAAAAAAUUAUCUAUGUCAUUACCAUAGGAAAUUAACACUUGAUCGGUUCUAGAUUACGCGCCACUAUUUCUCUUCGCCGGCAAGAACCGUUACGGACAUACAAACGUGUGAUAUCGACAAAGGUCAAUUUGUCAUAACAUAUAAAUGAGAUUGAGUGUAAUCUUCUGGUGCAAAAUGUUAUGCCUCAUUAGUCUGCAAAAAGUGAAAAAUCGACUUCGAGUUAUCGAGGGUAAAAUUACAAAGAAAAGUACCAAAAGGGAAGAAAAAAUCGCUUCGAGUUAGCGGGAUUUCGAGUUAGCGGGGUUUCGAGUUAGCGGUAUUUCGAGCUAGCGGGCUUUCGAGUAAACGGAAUUUCGAGUUAGCGGGGUUUUGAGUUGGCGGGAUUUCGAGUCAGCGGGCUUUCGAGUCAGCGGGAUUUCGAGUCAGCGGGAUUUCGAGUCAGCGGGCUUUCGAGUCACCGGAAUUUCGAGUUAGCGGGGUUUUGAGUUAGCGGGAUAUCGAGUUAGCGGGGUUUCGAGUCAGCGGGCUUUCGAUUUAGCGGAAUUUCGAACCAGCGGGGUUUCGAGUCAGCGAGGUUUAGAGUUAGCGGGCUUUCGAGUUAGCGGGCUUUCGAGUUAGCGGGCUUUCGAGUCGGCGGGAUUUCGAAUUAGCGGAAUUUCGAGCUAGCGGGGUUUCGAGUUAGCGGGGUUUCGAGUCGGCGGGAUUUCGAGUUAGCGGGGUUUUGAGUUAUAGGGGUUAAAAUUACAGUAAAUAUAUGAAGCAAAUCCAAGGGAAAUCAGUUUUGCUUCGAGUUAGUUGGGAAUUCGAGUUACCGAGGGGUUCAACUGCAUUUUUCUUCAAGUGAUAUUCUAUACUGAUGUUUACGUGUGUCCUCUUUUCGUGUACCAGGUAUCUCAUGUCACAUGGCCGUUUGGUGUUGUCAGCACGGGAGCUUGAUGCUUUCCUCGCCCAAUCUCUGUCUCCUCAUUUAACAACAGAGUGCAAUGCUUCGAACUUAAGAGAAAUCAAGCUCCAGCGCGUAGAUGCACGUGCAGUGCAGCUUGCCUCCAUUUUUAUGCGCGGUGUUCAAGCUGCCAUUUUCGCCAAUGAUGCUUGUGCUGUGCCUAUCCCAUGGGAACUUGUUUGUCCAUGGAAUUACUUUGAUGGAAAACUUUUCCACAGCAAAUAUCUAAUGGUGACAGAAAAUGCCUCGCUUCUUGAGCUGUGUGAUGGAAAGGUAAAACAAAAUGGCAACUAUUUUAGCUUAAGAUAGAAAUGGUUUGGUUUUGAUGCUGAAUAGUCUAGUCCAGAUUUUCUCUCCAAUUGAAGUUAUUGAAACAAAAUUGUGCGUAUCUUUUAAAUGGAGAUAUUUAUGUUUCCUUCUCUUUAGUAUUGCGAAAGUUUAUGCAUACGUGGGAGAUGCAUUGGCCAUAUGUCUUCUCAAAAAUGGCGCCUCAAAAAGAAGUCCGUAUUAAGGACAUUUCGUUCCCAGUCGUUCGCAACGCUUUGAAUGCAGGGCUUUUAAGCUUUCAGUGUUUAAUGUGGUGGACACACGAAACGGCAGUAAUUCUCGAUGAACAAGUGAUCAAAACAACGUUUCGUUUUCUUUUAUUUCACUCGAGGUUGUGUCACUAAUACUCUGCUUAGUUGAGCUUACAUUUAGGUCUUUUCAAUUGCACGAUAUCGUUGCAUAUUGAUCGACUUAAGGUGGAUAUUCUCAGAAGUGCUCGUUUUGCUUUACAGAGCGAUUUCCGGUCACAAUUGAAGCCGGCGAUCGCCGUUUUUUCAUCCGGCUACUUGUCUCUGGACCUAACUUGCUUAGCUCAGAAAUCCCAGAAAAAAAAAUUGUCUGGAACAAAUGAACCAUCGUUAUUUUCUUUUCAGAGUGGACGAGUAGAAAAGCUUCAGAGAAUGAGAUGGUGCAUCACGGAAGGUUUACCUCAAGACUUUAGUCUCAACCCUGGUCUGCCAUCUGCUGGAUUGUUACCACAUUUUCCAGGUCAUCGCGGUGAUGGCUUGCUCCCCACACCAGUGCCUUUUGCCUUUGGCCCCGUACCGCCUGCACUUCAAAGUGUCCCGGUGCCAAACUUUUUUCCAGCUGGAGCCAAUAUCCCACACCACAUGCAAGCGAUGGGCACAAACUUGAGGCGUGGACGUGGCCCUAACAGUAGGCAGCCCGUAUCUGGAUUGGGAGGCCAGCUAGAAGUGGCCGGUGUUCCUAUUGCUCGCUGGUCAGGUAACAAAGCAGGGCGUGGGUACAAUGACAAGGAUCGGAUCGUGGUUGGAGGUCCAUCCAGUGUGGAGAUGGGCAAACUUGGCAGACGUGGGCGUGGCAGUCUUUGGAUUGCCCGUGGUAAACGUGGCGGAGGUGCUGGUACCCGAAAUGUGACUUGGGCGGCGGAAGUUGAUAAAGAAUACGACAGAAGCAUUGGAUAUGUGGAACAACCAACAAAACCGAAGAAGGUGACAAAUAUUAGUCAGGUUCGAGAGGGAGGGGAUGGUGGAAACGACAUUCCCAUCGUGAAUCGUGGACGUGGUGACGGCGGAAAUGACCUAGAGGCGCUCAGUACGGAUGGAUUGGCGACAGGACUUCCCAUGCACGGAGCAUUGCAUCCACAUAAUCUUCCUGGACAAAUACCUGGCAUGCCUCAGUCCCCACAGAUGCAGUUUAACGGGCAACCAUACAGUUCACACUCACCAGAGAUGACAGGUCUACCAGUAGGACCAGGUCUCGACAAAGCACCAGGUGGUCAGGUUCCCCCAAUUAUCCUGGCCAAACCUGGCGACAUCCCUGCAAGCUUAGGAAGGGGAAGAGGAGUGAGCGCAGGAAUGGGUGGAGAAAUGCCUCCAUUUAAUGCGCAAUCAGAAAUUGUUGAAUCUGGUGGGAAAGGAAGAGGUUGGUGGUGGGACAAGCAGCAACAACAGCAGCAGCCGCAGCAGCAGCAGCAGCCACCCCCUUGAAUUAACAAUCACUGCACAGUUCGCUAAUCUUAUAUCAUGCUCGACUGAGAAAAAAAACCGUCUUUAGUGACGAUGUUUUCCUGCCAGCCUACCGCCUGUAUUGGUUGUAAGAAGAAAGGCUUUCAAGUUAUAAUAACUCGUAUCCCUCUAAUGUUGCAUUUAUUCUAAGGUGAAAUCAGGGGUUUUUACAGGUGCAGGUUACUGGGGGUUUACUUCCACCUCUUCGACCUCCUACUGCCGUCUGUUUAGCCUGGAAGAAGGCUCUCGUGUUUGGGUUUCGCCUUAACCCUUUAACUCCCAUGAGUGACCAAGACAAAAUUUCUCCGUACAAUAUCAAUACAAUAUCAACCAGAUAAGUUGUGAGAAUAAAGAAAAAUAUCGAUUUGGGGAUAAUUAGUUGGUCCAUUACUUAAUUCUCUGAUCUAACAUUGUAUGGUUGGCGGUAUGGAGAAUUACAAAUUUGAUCUGGGAGUUAAGAGGUUAAGGCCCCCUUUACAGGGCACAGCUGCCCAUCACACCAUCGGCAGGUGGAGAAAAGCAUUGAAACUCCUUUAAAAUACGAAUUGGAUGAAAAUUCCAUGAAAUAUGCAAUACUUCUUAUUAACAGCAGGCAUUUUCUCAUCGCUCCACGCUUUGUUUACGUUUUUUCCAAUUUGAAUUUUUACACACAGUUUUCCUUUCCAUGAUCAGAGAAGAGAAUAUUAAACAUUUAAUUGAUAUUCUGUAGAUUUAUCUUGCCAUCGGUAAGCAUUUCAAUGUUUAUAAUUAUUUUGGUCUGACAAUCUUUUUCCCAUCAAGAAUGAUGGAAAACGGUAAGUGGUUGGUGCGGAAAAGAACGACAAUCGGCCAGCCGACCCUCAUGUCAAACGUAGGCAAGUUUUGAAACGAUUUGUUGUGGUUCUUAUGGUUUCCCUUUUAUGAGAAUUUGUAGAUGAAAUAGAAAUUUUUCCUUCUAAGUAUGUUUAAAAGCACGUUUCAUUUCUGCGACAAAUGAAAAAGAUGCCUCUUAGUUUGUUAAAUGCAACUAAAACUGGUUAGAAUGUGGAAGCCAGAGGAGGGUGGGCGGGUCG